CGUGGCGCGGGGCUGCGGGCAGCCGUGGCGGCCGCCGGAGACCGCAAAGGGCGGCGCAGAGGCGGAGCGGGCCGGCCGCGAGCCGUGCAGGAAGCGCCAAGCAUGCCCCGCGACAACAUGGCCUCCCUCAUCCAGCGCAUCGCUCGCCAGGCUUGUCUCACCUUCCGAGGCGGCGCAACGGGCUCCGAAGCGCCCGCGCCCGGCUUCCCGGAAAACCUGAACCAGCUGAAGAGCCUGCUGACCCAGGUACGCGCCGAAGACCUCAACAUCGCGCCGCGGAAGGCGCCGCCGCAGCCGCUGCCCCGCAACCUGCCGCCGGUCACCUACAUGCACAUCUACGAGACCGAUGGCUUCAGCCUGGGCGUGUUCCUGCUCAAGAGCGGCACGUGCAUCCCUUUGCACGACCACCCGGGCAUGCACGGCAUGCUCAAGGUGUUGUACGGCAAGGUACGCAUCAGCUGCAUGGACAAGCUGGACGCGGGCGCCGGGUCGCGGGCGCCGCCGCCUGAGCAGCAGUUCGAGCCUCCGCUGCAGCCCCGGGAGCGAGAGGCCGUGCGACGGGGUGUGCUGCGUUCUCGGGCCGAGUACACCGAGGCCAGCGGGCCCUGCAUGCUCACGCCACACCGGGACAACCUGCACCAGAUUGAUGCGGUAGACGGGCCAGCCGCCUUCCUGGAUAUCCUGGCUCCACCCUACGACCCAGACGACGGCCGAGACUGUCACUAUUACCGCGUGCUGGAGCCCAUCAGACCCAAGGAGGCUUCCUGCUCUGCCUGCGACCUUCCCCGAGAAGUGUGGCUCCUGGAGACUCCACAGGCUGAUGACUUCUGGUGCGAAGGAGAGCCCUAUCCAGGCCCCAAGGUCCUGCCUUGAAGCUCCUGCCGCCCGGGAACUGUGGGCCAAAAAUGUGCCCUGCCCUGCUCGAGAAAAGCCUGGCUGCUGGCGACCUACCAUAAGGGCUC